AUGUUCAAUAUAAACAGUGAUUGUAUCAACGAUCAGUCUGUUGAAAAACAAGAGCACCAAGUUCGUCUAACAUGUCAUUCAUUGUCAUCAAUUGAUGGGAAUCAUCAUUUUUCUCCACCAACAACAACAAAAUCUUCAUCAUCAUCAUCGUCGUCUCCUCAUGAUGAUACUCAUCGUUCAUUAUCAUCUAAUAAAUUACUUAUUUCUUCAUCAUCACCAUUAACAAUAGUUAAACCGAAACGUCAUAGAACUCGUUUUACACCAGCACAACUCAAUGAACUCGAAAGAUCAUUUAGUAAAACACAUUAUCCAGAUAUAUUUAUGCGAGAAGAAUUAGCUGUACGAAUUAGUUUAACAGAAUCUCGUGUUCAGGUUUGGUUUCAAAAUCGUCGUGCUAAAUGGAAAAAACGUAAGAAAACAACAAAUAUUUUUCGCCAACAUUAUCAUCCUCAACAUUCUCAAUCAUUAACUCCGUAUGGAUGUUUAAUAAAUACAUCGAUUGAUGGACAAACUUCGCUCUCACAAACAGAUCAUCAUCAUCAUCAUCAUGUCAAAUGGCCUACUACUACUACUGCUAAUAAUAAUAAUAAUAAUUGCAAUCAAUUCCCAUUUUCAACAACAAAUUUCUCUCAGAUAGAUCAAUCAUUAGCUCCACACUUUUAUUCAUCAAGUGCCAUGGUUGAUUAUGUUGGUUUACCUCCAUCAUCAGCAUCAACAACUUCAUUCUUUUCAUCUACAUUACCAUCAAUAAUCAACAUUGAUCCAUUGAAUUCAUGUUCAUCAGGAUCAUCAUAUAAUUUAUCUUUUCCUUCAUCAACUACUGAUUUAAUAACCAAUGAUAAUGACGAUAUAUGGCGUGGUUCAAGUAUUGCUUCUUUACGACGUAAAGCUGUUGAAUAUCAUGUAGGCAAUAAUAACAAUCAUAAAUAG